AUGUCGCAACCCCUUAACGAGGAGCACAACGAUGACAUUCUGGCCCAUGGAGACGACAAGCACAUUUCGGCUGCUGGUCACGGUGUGACCGAGAUUGAGGACCUGACUCUCAAAGCCGAUCAGGUCCACGAGAUGACUGCUGAAGAUCGGGCGGCUGCGUUAAAGCUUGCACUUGACGCAGACCCUGGUAUUCCUGUCCAGUCUUGGAGAAUGGUGCACUUCGUUGCCAUGAUGAUGGUCAUUUGCAUGUGUGGUGGUGAUGCUGGUUUCGAUGGAACCGUAAUGGGAGCCGUCAACUCCAUGAAGCAAUGGCAAAAUUACUUCGGUCUUUCAAGUGCUAGUGGUAGUACGGGUAUCGUAUUCGGAAUGUAUAGUGUUGGGCAAACUCUUGCCUUUUUUCCAGCUUCAUACCUUCCCGACAAAUUCGGCCGACGGGUCAGUAUGAUGACUGGCAACAUCAUUCUGGUCGCUGGGGCAAUCUUGACCUCACAGGCGACCAAUUUCCAGAUGUUCAUUUGGGGCAGAAUGUUCACUGAUUUAGGCUGUACCUUGGCCGCUUCUUCGGCCAAAUCGUAUAUGUCCGAGAUCACGCCUCCUCAAACUAGAGGACGGUGGAUGGGUUUAUUAAAUUCGUUCUACUAUGUUGGACAGCUUCUAGCGUCAGGUAUCUCCAUUCCGCUUGGCCGUAAAAUGAGCAAUUGGUCCUGGAGGGGUCCUCUACUCAUUCAGGCUGCUCCAGCACUGAUUAAUUUGAUCUUUGUCCUUACUCUCCCGGAAUCACCGAGAUGGCUUUUCACCCAUGGCAAAGAGGAACAAGCGAGACUUGUUUUAGCCAAAUUUCACUCCCGACACUACGACAUCAAUUCUCCAAUCGUCCUCCUCCAGUUGGGGGAAUUUGAAGAAAAUUUAUCUCAGGGCGGUGCGGACAAGAGGUGGUGGGAUUUCCGACAUUUAUUCCGCACGAGGGCGAGCAGAUAUCGAUUUGGAAUGUGUGCCAUCAUCGCCAUUUGGGGGACGCUCUCAGGAAACAGUCUUAUUACGUACUUCUUGCCCGUUCUUCUCUUGCAAGCAGGAAUCACCAGUCCGGAUCGACAAAGAGUGUUGAAUUUUGCAAACUCCCUGACAUCUUUCGCCGGUGCUCUGACUGGAACUGUACUCACAGACUUCAUUGGUAGACGUGCACUUCUUCUCAUCGGUAGUACAUCUUGUAUGAUCGGUAUGGCCCUCGCUGCUGGGCUUUUAUCACCCGCGGGAGAACAAAGUGAUAUUCGAGCAACCGCCGGUAUUGCCUUUAUCUUCCUCUUCAUGGUGUUUUAUUCUUUGGGUUAUACUCCUCUUCAAGGUCUCUACCCUGCCGAAGUUUUGUCGUAUGAAAAUCGAGCGAAAGGUAUCGCUCUCCAGACUUGGCUGGGAGCUGCUUGCGGUCUGAUCAAUACAUUUGCCUUGCCUUCUGCACUUCAGCAUCUCAAGUGGAAAACCUACAUAAUCUUCUGUGGAUGGGACGUGGUAGGACUGGUCGUAAUCUACCUCUUCGCGGUAGAAACCAAACGUCUUACUUUGGAAGAUCUCGAUCACAUCUUUGAAAGUAAAAACCCCAAGAAGGCCAGUUUCGCCCUGGCUAAGGCUGCGAAGGAGCGCGCUAAGAAGGAAAAAGAAGCUCAAAGGUUAAGUGAGCUCUGA